CGUAGUCAUCUGUCUGUGCCUGUGUGCGUCUUGGAGCUGGAAUUUUGGGAGUGGAAAUGCCACUGUUACUUUCACAGUUGGCGUCAAGUCGAAUGAGAGUGACCCUCUGACAUUCUACUGUGUCGGUCAGACAGCGCGCAUCGGAAAAGGGCCGAACCGUUACCGAACGAACGCAGUCAAAAGGAAUAGGAAUUGGGGAUUUUAGACGGGGUAGUAGUGAGUGGAUGAGAUAUUAUUGAAUCUUUUAAGUUUAUUAUUCCACUUUGGAUAUACAAUUAUCAGUUAUCGAUUGAUAGACUAACUGUUGGGGCACUUUAGGCGUCUGGAUUUUCGGAAUCAACAAUUGUUUUCUGCGUUUGGAUUAUUAUUAUUUUUAUUUUCCUGGGAAAUGGCAAGUUCUUAUUCUGCGAGAGAAACACGAAUUUCCGAGGAAAGAGGAAACAGCAGCUGAAUAGGCUACUAAAGGAUGCUGGCAACCUGAAGCUGUCAGACAAAUUUCUCCUACAUUUCUGAGACAUUUGUUGUUUUGCUUUGAGGACUAUAAAACCGUGGAAAUAUCAAAGUUUAUUUUUUUAUUUUUUUAUAUAUUUUUUUACAGAUUUGUGUAUUUUACAGUCCAAUGAUGUAUUGUGGAUUUAUACUGUUAUUUUCAACCCAACUCAUUGUUGUGGCUUCAUUGAUUCAAAGCGUUGCAGAUAAAUGUGGAGAUAACAUUGAGAUAACCAAUGCAGAUUAUCUCACCUCGACUGGCUAUCCGAACUCAUACCCUCCAUCACAGCAAUGUAUGUGGGUGAUAUCAGCCCCAGAACCGGGCCAGAAGAUACUCAUCAACUUUAACCCACAUUUUGAUCUGGAGGACCGAGAAUGCAAGUAUGACUAUGUGGAGGUGUUUAACGGUGGGGACGAGAAGGCACCAACCCUGGGGAAGUUCUGUGGGAAGAUCGCCCCCUCCCCUAUCAUCUCAAGCGGCAGCCAGCUUCUCAUCAAGUUUGUGUCCGACUAUGAAACCCACGGGGCUGGAUUCUCCGUACGUUACGAGGUCUUCAAGACAGGGCCUGAGUGCUCCAGAAACUUCACCUCAUCCAAGGGCGUAAUAAAGACACCAGGCUUCCCAGACAAGUACCCCAACAACCUGGACUGCACCUUCAUGGUCAUCGCCCCCAAGAUGUCCGAGAUCGUGGUGGACUUCGACGCGUUCGACAUGGAGCCUGACACCACCCCUCCACCCGGGGCACUGUGUCGCUACGACUGGCUGGAGAUCUGGGACGGGUUCCCUGCAGUGGGUCCCCACAUCGGGCGGUACUGUGGUAACAGCAGUCCUGGACGGGUCAUCUCCUACACUGGGAUCCUGUCUAUGACCAUCAACACUGACAACGCCAUCGCCAGAGAGGGCUUCUCAGCCAAUUACACUGUCAGAGAGAAGAGCCUGCCACAGGGACAGACACCAGAGGACUUUAAGUGUGUGGAGGGCCUGGGGAUGGAGUCAGGGGUGAUCACCUCGGAUCAGAUCACUGCCUCCUCUCAGUACAACUCUAACUGGUCUCCUGAACGCUCCAGACUCAACUACAAAGAGAAUGGCUGGACCCCCUCUGAAGACUCCAACAGAGAGUGGAUUCAGGUGGACCUGGGAUUUCUCCGCUUUGUCUCAGCCGUGGGAACACAGGGCGCCAUCUCCAAGGAAACCAAGAAGGAGUACUUUGUCCGCUCCUACAAAGUGGAUGUGAGCUCCAAUGGAGAGGACUGGGUCACAAUAAAGGAGGGAUCCAAGCAGAAGAUUUUCCAGGGGAACCACAACCCUACAGAUGUGGCCAGGUCGUUCCUUCCCAAGCAGACUCUGGCGCGCUACGUCCGCAUCAGACCCAUGUCCUGGGAGAUAGGCAUAUGCAUGCGCUUCGAGGUUUACGGCUGCAAGACCUCAGACUACCCCUGUUCAGGCAUGCUGGGGAUGGUCUCCGGACAGAUCUCAGACGCACAGGUCACUGCGUCGUCACACGCGGAGCGUGGCUGGGUACCGGAGAACGCCAGGUUGCUAACAGGGAGGUCGGGAUGGACCCAGCAACAGACCAGACAGCCCUUCAGGAACGAGUGGCUGCAGGUGGACCUGGGCCAGGACAAGCUGGUCAGUGGCCUGGUUAUCCAGGGAGGACACCACAGAGACAAGAAUGUGUUCAUGAAGAGGUUCAAGGUGGGUUACAGCAGCAACGGCUCUGACUGGACCAUGGUGAAUGAAGACAACGAUGCCAAGCCUAAGAUCUUCAUUGGGAACCAGAACCAUGACACCCCAGAGCUGCGUACUCUGGGCCCUCUGCUUACUCGCUUCCUCAGGGUUUACCCAGAGAGAGCCACCCCCGAGGGCCUGGGCCUCAGACUGGAGCUGCUGGGCUGUGAGAUCCAGGAGCCCACAACUGUCCCACCGACCACGCCUGUAGCGAUCACGUUUGCUGUGACCACGUUCGCUGCCACCACGACCGCGUCUGUGACCACGCCCGCGCCGACGUCAGAAGAGUGUGACGACGAGCAGGCCAGCUGUCACAGUGGAACAGGAACAGGAGCAGGAGGGGAGGACUACGACCCAACAGGUGACACCACAGUGGCAGACCCUAUCAUAGAGGGAGACCGCAUACCAGAGUACCUGUGGUUCGCGUGUGACUUUGGUUGGGCGGACAACCCAUCGUUCUGCGGCUGGACACUGGAGACGGAUGCUGGUGCUGGGUGGAUGAUUCAUACCAGUGGGGCCCCUACAGUCCACAGAGGACCCAACCUAGAUCACACAGGAGGUUCAGGAAAUUUCAUCUACAUGCUGCUGGCUACUGAGACCGAAAGGAAGGAGGAAGAGUCAGAGGAGAGGAUGGAGGAGAGGGUGGCACGCCUAGCCAGCCUGCCCGUCACUGCCCCUGACGCAGACUUGUGUGUGUCCUUCUGGUACCACAUGUUCGGGGAGCACGCCGGCACCCUGCACAUCAAACAGAACAAGGAGACAGAGGAGGGACGGACUGAGGCACUGCUCUGGACUGUCAGUGGACACCAGGGCAGCCGAUGGAGGGAGGGACGAGUGCUGGUGCCCCACUCUAACAAACCCUAUAAGGUGGUGAUUGAGGGAGUGGGAGACAGGAGCACAGGACAUAUCGCGCUGGACAAUAUCAAGAUCCUGGAUGGACUCACAACAGAGGAGUGUAAGGAUCCAGAUAUACGCGAGGCUCCUACGUCCCAGCCAACAGAGAUCUGCAUAUACCCAAUAGACCCGUACUACCCAGCGGUAGUGGAGAACAGUGAGCUGGGUGACCCAGGCAACAUGCUGAAAACCCUGGACCCCAUCCUCAUCACCAUCAUCGCUAUGAGCGCUCUGGGGGUCUUGCUGGGGGCUAUCUGUGGUGUCGUCCUCUACUGUGCCUGCUCACACGGCCACAUGUCCGACAGCAGGAACUUGUCGGCUCUGGAGAACUAUAACUUUGAGCUGGUGGACGGAGUCAAGCUAAAGAAGGACAGCAAGCUGAAUGCACAGAACAGCUACUCAGAGGCGUAAGCUAAAGGCGUGAGCUUCCUCUGAGGGAAGGAAGCACAAGCAGCCUCAUAGCUGGAGGAACUAGACCACCGGACGGAGGGUUGGGACCCAAAUGGCACCGUAUUCCAUAUAUACUGCACUAUGUAGGGGAUAGGGUGCCCUGUAGUGCACUAUGUAGGGGAUAGGGUGCCAUUUUGGACGCAGUCAGCCAUAGAGAUGGUAGGAGGUUGUGAUCGAGUCGUGAUAUUCUCAGGGGCUGCAGUGAAAGGAAUUUACCAGUAGGGGGCACUGUGUAUAAAGAAAAUGUGUACAGCAAAAAGGAUUAUUUAGUUUUUUGGAUGUUUUGUGACGUGCUUUGUUUUUAUGUAAUCAGAUGCUGGUGUUGAGACCAAUUAAUAUGAAAGUAUUUAUCAUGUUUUUGUUAUUUUUCUUCUGAAAAUAUAUGAUUUUUCAUUUUUCUCUGAAGUCAAUACUGUUUCACAGAAAGAAAGAGCAUAAAAACUUCACUAUCCUGACGUGCGGCUGGCUAUUCAGCUGGCCAUGUUAUGUUUCUGUUGUAUGUCGGCAUCGAUUUGUGCAUUCUGUGUGUGUGUGUGUGUGUGUGUGUGUGUGUGUGUGUGUGUGUGUGUGUGUGUGUGUGUGUGUGUGUGUGUGUGUGUGUGUGUGUGUGUGUGUGUCCAGAGGGGUGCUUGCCCUGGCCCUAGACCUGUGUCUAGUUCCGACAGUGCCUUUUGAAAGUUUGUGUUGCCUUUUCUCUACUGAUUCUGUUCAUAGCAGUACAUAGGCAUCCACUGGUAGUGUCUGAUUCUGUUCAUAGCAGUACAUAGGCAUCCACUGGUAGUGUCUGAUUCUGUUCAUAGCAGUACAUAGGCAUCCACUGGUAGUGUCUGAUUCUGUUCAUAGCAGUACAUAGACAUCCACUGGUAGUGUCUGAUUCUGUUCAUAGCAGUACAUAGGCAUCCACUGGUAGUGUCUGAUUCUGUUCAUAGCAGUACAUAGGCAUCCACUGGUAGUGUCUGAUUCUGAUCAUAGCAGUACAUAGGCAUCCACUGGUAGUGUCUGAUUCUGUUCAUAGCAGUACAUAGGCAUCCACUGGUAGUGUCUGAUUCUGUUCAUAGCAGUACAUAGGCAUCCACUGGUAGUGUCUGAUUCUGUUCUGAUCACAGCAGUACAUAGACAUCCACUGGUAGUGUCUGAUUCUGUUCUGAUCACAGCAGUACAUAGACAUCCACUGGUAGAGUCUGAUUCUGUUCUGAUCACAGCAGUACAUAGGCAUCCACUGGUAGUGUCUGAUUCUGUUCUGAUCACAGCAGUACAUAGACAUCCACUGGUAGUGUCUGAUUCUGUUCUGAUCACAGUAGUACAUAGACAUCCACUGGUAGAGUCUGAUUCUGUUCUGAUCACAGCAGUACAUAGGCAUCCACUGGUAGUGUCUGAUUCUGUUCUGAUCACAGCAGUACAUAGACAUCCACUGGUAGAGUCUGAUUCUGUUCUGAUCACAGCAGUACAUAGACAUCCACUGGUAGUGUCUGAUUCUGUUCUGAUCACAGCAGUACAUAGGCAUCCACUGGUAGUCUGAUUCUGUUCUGAUCAGAUCAGUACAUAGGCUUCCACUGGUAGAGUCUGAUUCUGUUCUGUACAUAAUUAUGUAUAAGCAUCGGCUGGUAGAGUCUGAUUCUAUUCCGAUCAUAUGAGUGAGUAGGCAUCAGCUGGUUAGAGUCUGAUUCUGUUCUGAUCAUAGCAGUAAGUAGGCAUCCACUGUUAGAGUCUGAUUCUGUUCUGAUCAUCAUGGCAGUACAUAGGCAUCGGCUGGUGGAGUCAGAUUGGCAGGACUUCAUGCCAUCCCCAUAGUACAUGACACAUCCAACUUAUUGUACAUAGGUUUUAAUAUAUUUGAGCGGCCUUUUAUAUAAAAAAAAAUACAAACUGCUGCAGUAUCCUUUCUUUGUGCUCUCUGUAUCAUAGGUGAUGUUGUCUGGAUGUCCUCAUGUAUUUAAUGGGUAUUUUGUGUUGUUAUGUUCCAUUGGUGCUCUCACAAUGCUGCCUGGGAAAAGAGUGUGUUAUUAUGGCCAAUGGUUAUAUUCGCUACAAAGGCCUAACAAGAAGAGAGGGAAGAGCCCAUCGGCUGUGUCUGAAAUGACACCCUAUUCCCUAGAGUGCACUACAUGCCCUGAUCAAUAGUCGUGCACUAUAUAGGGAAUAGUAUGGCAUUUGGGACGCAACCAGACAACAGACUGGAGGGGGUGAAGCAUCUCUAGGAGAGAAAAAAUGCUGCUAUGACAAUACUUGAGCCAGUUUCCCAGACACAGAUUAAGAAUCUCUUUGAGAAUGCUUUUUAGUCCAGGACAAGGCUUAAUCUGGGUUCUGGGGAACUGGCCCUACAUGUCUAUGGUGGAAUGAUGGACCUUGCUAGAAUGAAAGAUACUCUUCUGCCAUGCUGUUUUCAUGUACUGUAGCUUACAUCCUAUGUGCUCUCCUUUUGUCUGUAUUGAACACUAACGUAAAGAGUUCAUGCAAAACAAAGUACUAUAUAAAACAGCAAAAACAUAGAUCCAAGAUUCAUUGAAUGGAUGCGAUGUAGCUAUACCGUUUAUUCCUUCGGCCAAGGGUCUAUUUGAGCUUCUAUGUUUCGCCUCUGUUAUGUUUCCUUCGUUCAGGGAACCUAGUUAGACAGAUGCUUCAUGGUUCUGCUUUGAGCUCUUAAUGGUAUUCCAUAUUCCACAGGAUUAGAAUUAUUCAAAUUAGAAUGAGUCAUUCCUGUUUCUAUGGUUCCACCUCUCAAAAAUGUAAGGGCCUCAUGUUUUGGUGUGGUCCUCUUCAAUAGGAAAGGAUGCUGCAGCACUAGGAUGUGAAAACAAUGUUGCACUGAUAUAUUUAAAAGAUCUUUGUGUUGUUUAUGAUAUUGUUUUGUGAAGAAAAAAAAUAGAGAGAGAGAAAGCGAGAGAAGGAUAAGACAGUGUUACAGAUAACUAUUUUACAUGGUUUCAGAUGACAUGAUAUAAUUCUGAAAUGUACAAUUAUGGAGAUGUUUUUCAUUAUUGAAAAAGCUAUACACGUCUCUUUACUUACGUAAUGUUUAUAUUUAGUUGGUAUGUUAUAUCACCUUGUGUUUUUGUACUGUCACAAAUGUCUGUGCCAUUUUUUUUCUACAAAAUGUUUUCUUUUCUUCAAUACUGCUAAAUGUAAUUUGCCAUCCUAGAUAUAAAAAAGGAAAGAAAAAAAUGAUUAAGCAGUUAAGGCCUUAUUGACUGAGGGAAUUAUGUUUCUAUACUUGGACCCAAAUGUCCGCAUUCCCUAUACUGUGCAAUACCUUUCUCCUGGGCCCAUAGGGCUCUGGUCAAAUGUAGUGCACUAUGUAGGGAAUAGGGUGCUAUUUGACUCCCUGGUCAGCUUCAAGAUCUACGUAGUUUCUGACUGAUCAAUGACUACUACAUUCCAAAGAAUUGGAUCAAAUAAAUGUUUGAAUAAGA